AGUAGAUCAUGUUCAUAGUUGAUGUAAUAAAACACGCCUGCAGUUAUUCUGACACGCAAUGGUUGAGAAAAGAGCUCUGUCAUCAUAUGUUUGCAGGUGCCACUUGGUUUGAUAGGCUAUUUUCUAUCCAAUGCAAUGAAAUGUAGACACUUUAAGUCUAAAUAUCACAUCCAUUGACUGAUUCCAGGGAGACAUCAUGCUUAAUCACCAAAUGAGCAUCUUAAUUCUUUUGCUUCCUCAACAAAAACACUGUGUGGGUUGGAAAAUUAUAUUUUUUUUCACCUCAGCGCCUUUAAUGGCUACCACAAAAAUGUGAAGUUACCACCAUCAUCUGAGGUUUCCUGGUUUUAGGCAUUAUUGGUCUGUCUUUCAGAGUCGAGUCACUGAAAGGAACAAUGAGAGUCUGUGUGAUACUCAUUAACAUCUGGAGCAGAAGAGAGAAAAAGCCUGCGUACACAUCCAACACUUGUCAGAUGACCCUGAUUGGUGCGUUUCUCCACUGCAGACAGAGCAUCUCUGACUCUAUAAGAAAAGAAGAUUAAUGUCAUGGACUUUUUCUGGAUGUCCUUUUUAAAUUAAGGAAGAAGGCUGAAGACUAAGGGAAAUGAUGGAAUCCACAAUGAAGUCUAUCGCUCUGCUAGUGAUUUCAGCCUGUUUCUUCUUGUGUACCUCUGCAAAACACCACCAUCAUAAUCAAGACAAGGGCAAAGAGCUAAAAUACCUCCUGGAACCUCUGGUAUAUGCUGAGGUCACUGCUCGUCGUGGACACACAGUCGUUUUGCCCUGUGUGAUGAGGUUUAAACCACCGCAUUACAGAGUAAAGUGGACUAAAAUCGACCCCCUUAGUCAAGGAGUGGAAAACAUAGUGCUUAUAACAAAUGGACAUGCAGAUAAGCAGUAUGGCUCACUGGGACCUCGAGCGUCUCUCCGGCGUGCACACGACCUGGAUGUUUCACUCCGUCUUACUGAUCUGGAGCUAGAAGAUGACGGCAGCUACCGCUGUGAACUGAUCAACGGAAUUGAGGAUGAACGUGUUAUUAUUACUCUGAGGAUUGAAGGGGUUGUAUUUCCUUAUCAGAGUCACCAUGGUCGGUACAGAUUUAUCUUCUUUGAAGCUAAAGAGGCUUGUGCUGAACAGGAUGCAACACUUGCCACCUACAAACAGCUUUACCAGGCCUGGACUGAAGGGUUGGACUGGUGCAAUGCUGGAUGGCUGAGUGACGGAACUGUCAAUUACCCAGUCCUGCACCCACGGCCGGCUUGUGGAGGGGAACUUCUAUCAGGCAUCCGAAGUUAUGGGCCUCGUCACAAAACACGGGACCACUAUGAUGCUUUCUGCUUCACCUCUACCACUAAGGGCUCUGUUUUCUUCAUUCCAGGGCAGUUGAAUUUUGUCGAAGCUGAACACGCCUGCAGACAGGAGGGUGCCGGUCUAGCGAGGACUGGUCAGAUCUACUCAUCUUGGAAGUUUCAGCAGCUGGACCAUUGCGAUGGAGGCUGGCUGCAGGAUGGUAGUGUACGAUUCCCCAUCAUUAACCCAAGGGAGCGCUGUGGAGGGAUUGCAGAACCAGGGGUUCGGAGCUUUGGGUAUCCCAGCAAAAGUUUGCGGCUUUAUGGGGCUUAUUGCUACAGAGAUCCAAAGUAGGCUCACCAGAGGGUUCCCAUCUGACCAACGGAAAUCUCCCUCGAUGGUCUUAUCAUUGAGACCCGUCCACUGAUACUCCCUGUAUUUAUCUAAGGAAAGAGAAAAGCACAGAAAUGCUAAAUAACCAG